UUUCUUCUCUUUCCCAUCAAAAGACUAUAAAAAAGCUUCUUAAAAGCCCUCAGCUUUUAUUUCUUUGUCUGCCAUUUAUUUCCCUUAAAUUAUUUCACUUCUCCUCCCCCUAUAUCUCCUCACUGCGCAGUACCUCCCCAAAAUCAGGCCCCAAAUCCACCCUCCAUCAUUACUCCUGCACUACCUUCCUACCGCCAUUGAAACUCGAAUGCCCUAAUUUUCCACAGCUCAUUCCUCCUCCCACACCUUCCCCAACGCGUGGCGGGAAAAUUGAAAAAACCAACUUCCAUUUUUUGCCCUGAAAUAGAAGCCAUGAUCAAGGCCUCCGAUCUCUACCACGUGCUCACCGCCGUGGUGCCGCUCUACGUGGCCAUGAUCCUGGCCUACGGCUCCGUGAAAUGGUGGAAGAUCUUCACCCCGGACCAGUGCUCCGGCAUCAACCGGUUUGUGGCCCUCUUCGCCGUCCCGCUGCUCUCCUUCCACUUCAUCUCCACCAACGACCCCUACGCCAUGAACUACCGCUUCAUCGCCGCCGACACGCUUCAGAAGGUGAUCGUCCUCGCCGUGCUGGCCGUCUGGUCCAGGAUCAGCGCCAGAGGCUCCCUGGAGUGGUCCAUCACGCUCUUCUCCCUCUCCACGCUCCCCAACACGCUCGUCAUGGGCAUCCCCUUGCUCAAGGGGAUGUACGGCAGCGACUCCGGUAGCUUAAUGGUGCAGAUCGUUGUGCUCCAGUGCAUCAUCUGGUACACCCUCAUGCUCUUCCUCUUCGAGUACAGAGGCGCCAGAAUGCUCAUCGCCGAGCAGUUCCCCGACACCGCGGGCUCCAUCAUCUCCUUCCGCGUCGACACCGAUAUCAUCUCCUUGGACGGGAAGGAGCCGCUGCAGACCGAAGCUGAAGUCGGCGAGGACGGGAAGCUCCACGUCACCGUAAGGAAAUCCACGAGCUCCAGAUCGGAGAUCUUCUCCAGAAGGUCUCACGGCCCCAACUCCGGCCUCUCUCUUACCCCGCGCCCCUCCAAUCUCACCAAUGCGGAGAUUUAUUCGCUGCAAUCGUCCAGGAAUCCGACGCCGAGAGGCUCCAGUUUUAAUCACACUGAUUUUUACUCCAUGGUGAAUGGGAAGAAUGUGAGCCCAAGGCAUUCGAAUUUUGGGAGUUUAGGAUUUGAUGAAGAGAGCGGUUACGGAAAUCAAGUUAAUCAGCCCCGUGCUAAUGCGGGGUACCCUGCGCCGGCGAGCGCCGGAAUAUUCUCUCCGGUAUCGGGGCCGGCGGCGAAGAAGAAAGCGAAUGGAGCUGAUGCCGGCGGCGGAGGAGGAAAGGAUCUUCACAUGUUUGUGUGGAGCUCUAGCGCGUCGCCGGUAUCGGAGGGAGGGAUUCAUGUGUUCAGAGGCGGUGAGUAUGGUGGUGGAACGGAGCUCAGCAUCGGAGCUCAUCCCAAAGAUUACGACGAUUUUGGUCGGGAUGGGUUCAGCUUCGGCAAUAAACCAGGCCCGAAUGGGGCCGAGCGGGACGGACCGGUCCUCUCAAAGCUCGGGUCGAGCUCGACCGCAGAGCUCAACCCGAAGGCUCCGGUUGACACCAAGCCCACGGCCAUGCCCCCUACUAGUGUGAUGACUAGGCUUAUUCUGAUCAUGGUGUGGCGGAAACUGAUCCGAAAUCCCAACACCUACUCGAGUUUGAUUGGUCUAACGUGGUCCUUGGUCUCAUUCAAAUGGCAUGUUGAGAUGCCUGCAAUCGUUGCAAAGUCAAUUGCUAUACUGUCUGAUGCUGGUCUUGGAAUGGCAAUGUUCAGUCUUGGUUUGUUCAUGGCUCUGCAGCCUAAGAUCAUCGCGUGUGGGAAAUCUGUCGCAGCCUUCUCCAUGGCCGUCCGGUUUAUCACCGGCCCUGCAGUCAUGGCUGCUGCCUCGAUUGCUGUCGGGCUUCGAGGCGUUCUCUUGCAUAUUGCAAUUGUUCAGGCUUCUCUGCCGCAGGGAAUUGUUCCCUUCGUCUUCGCUAAGGAGUAUAAUGUCCAGCCUGAUAUACUCAGCACUGGUGUGAUAUUUGGGAUGUUAAUAGCUCUUCCAAUCACUCUUGCCUACUACAUUUUGCUGGGGCUCUUCAGAUGAAGCAAAAGCUAAAAAAACUGCACACAACUAACGCAUUUUGCCGUGGAAUUUUUUGGGCUUCUAACCGAAGAGAGAGAAUUAGAAGAAUUAUUGAAAAAAAUUGCAGAAAAGGCACCCCAAAUAUCAAGAAUUCCCACAAAAAAGAAACAUCAUUAGACAAGUAGUAUGUAGUGGUAGUGAUAGUUGUAGGGUUAGAAGUUAAUAUAUUUUGUUUUUUGUCUCUUCUUUUUCUGAACUCUGGCGCCCCUCUCUUAUUACUUUUUGUUCUUUUCAAUGAAGAAAGUUGAGCUUGUUUCUA